AUGGUGCCACCGUACGGUACUGGUUCAUCGAUAUACGACUCCGAUGUGGCUGUACAUGUCGAACGAACUGUCACCGUGAAAGCAGCAGAUAUGAGUGUUAUUUCUGCUGCCGAACAAAAAAUCAGCCAAAAGCUGCGCCAGAGUUUUGAGGCCGAUGUGAACAACAUCGUGAGUUUCCUUUAA